UAUGGUAAUGCUACAGACCAAAAAGAUGGCGGCCCUUACCAGCUGUGUGUGAAGGGCCGUGUGUGAAGGUACCUUCUUCCUAGAAGGUAGAAAGAAUGCAGUCCUAUGCUGGAAAUAGAUCAAACAACUCCCACUAACAGUUCAAAAUGGAGGAAAAUGAAAUGGGAUUACCACCGUUGAUAUAUGACGUUCCUUCUCCAUUCAACACGGCGUUGGCUCGAGGUCUGUACGGAGUGGCGGCACCCGUUAUAGUUUUACUUACCAUCCUGAAUAAUAUCAUGGUAGUCAUCACAAUGCACUCGGACCUUCCUAAAAGAGGCUCGGCGUCUCGUAUACAGCAUGCUGCUAUUGCUUGUAGCAACUCCCUCGUCGGCAUCGUCCAGCUUCCUGUCCAUUUCUACUUCUUUGCUGCUCCAAGUUUUCCCGCCUACAUAUCCAAACCGUGGUGCGGAGCAUUCCGGAUAUUAGGAUUUGUACUUCCACAUAUAUUUCAUACCAUCUCCUUGUGGCAAUUCAUUGGCCUUUCCGUACAGAGAUAUUUGGUAUUUAGGUUUCCGUUUUCCUGUGUGACCUGGUACAACAUUGACAACAUGACAAAGCUGGUGAAAAUCCUAACAUUCGCUGGUUUUAUAGUUAACAUUCCCAAACUCUUCGACUUUGAAAUAAUUGAUUUUGAUGAAAACAUGAUAUUGAAUAAUGCUAGCUACGUUAUCGGGAAGACUCUGUCGUGCAGAGCGGAGUAUCGUUUUAUCAAUGGUAGAAAUGGUUAUGCAUUGUUUUCCAGUUGGUUUGUGACAAUAACUGUCCACAUCGUCCCGUGUACCACGCUUACUACAGUGUACAUACUGCUCAUAUCCGCUAUCUAUAAAAACAAUACCAGACGUCAAAAUCUGUCCAGAAACAGCAGGACAGGACGACGCCAAGCCAGGAACCAAACCAUCAAAGAAUGCAGUGUCCUUGUCAUGAUGACCACGUGUCUCGUUGUUGAAAUACCAUCAGCAAUCGUGCGGGUUAAACAGCUCAUCUUUACCAAGCGUGACGUCACUUCCGGAGGAGGUGAAGAAAUCAUUCUCACACAUUUCUUUCUUCUGUUUAGUUACUAUUUUUAUGUGUACAUCUACCUUAUUAUGAAUCGUGAUUUCCGUACCACUUUCUUGUCAAUUUUACGGAAAUUGCGACCAAUACCACAACCCGACGCCACAGAACUUCAGGUUAUAAGGAGAGCGGUAUGAACGCUUUUUUUUACAUGCGUAUUGCUUAUAGGUUGUAAAAGGAGAGGGGAAAUUCAAUGACCAGACAGGGAUUUCAACUUGGAACCUUCGAACGCUAGACGGACGCUAUAAGUGUACAUGUAUACGGGAAGUAGAAAGUUAGAAGAGGUUCAGUUUGUCAAUACGGGUUGAAACUAUAUUUUUAUGAAGUUUCCCGGGAUAAUCCAGUAAUAUGUGGAAUCAAAGUAUAUCAGUACGAUUACUUUCUCAGAUAUAUUGAAUAUAAAAAGCAGUGUUCAAAUAUUCAUAUAUUGUUAAACGAUGAUUUGUGUUGUCUAGUACCAAUGACUGUGUGUCCUAUGUGUAUAGGUGACGAUGAUUUGUGUUGUCUAGUACCAAUGAUUCUGUGUCCUCGGUGUAUAGGUGACGAUGAUUUGUGUUGUCUAGUACCAAUGACUGUGUGUCCUCGGUGUAUAGGUGACGAUGAUUCGUGUUGUCUAGUACCAAUGACUCCGUGUCGUCGGUGUAUAGGUGACGAUGAUCCGUGUUGUCUAGUACCAAUGGCUGUGUGUCCUCGGUGUAUACGUGACGGUGAUUCGUGUUGUUUAGUACCAAUGACUGUGUGUCCUCGAUGUAUAGGUGACGAUGAUUUGUGUUGUCUAGUACCAAUGACUGUGUGUCCUCGAUGUAUAGGUGACGAUGAUCCGUGUUGUCUAGUACCAAUGGCUGUGUGUCCUCGGUGUAUACGUGACGGUGAUUCGUGUUGUUUAGUACCAGUGACUCUGUGUCCUCGGUGUAUAGGUGACGAUGAUCCGUGUUGUCUAGUACCAAUGACUGUGUGUCCUCGGUGUAUAGGUGACGAUGAUUUGUGUUGUCUAGUACCAAUGACUGUGUGUCCUCGGUGUAUAGGUGACGAUGAUUCGUGUUGUCUAGUACCAAUGACUGUGUGUCCUCGGUGUAUAGGUGACGAUGAUUCGUGUUGUCUAGUACCAAUGACUGUGUGUCCUCGGUGUAUAGGUGAUGAUGAUUCAUGUUGUCUAGUACCAAUGGCUGUGUGUCCUCUGUGUAUAGGUGACGAUGAUUCGUGUUGUCUAGUACCAAUGGCUCUGUGUCCUCGGUGUAUAGGUGACGAUGAUUUGUGUUGUCUAGUACCAAUGACUGUGUGUCCUCGGUGUAUAGGUGACGAUGAUUCGUGUUGUCUAGUACCAAUGACUGUGUGUCCUCGGUGUAUAGGUGACGAUGAUCCGUGUUGUCUAGUACCAAUGACUGUGUGUCCUCGGUGUAUAGGUGACGAUGAUUCGUGUUGUCUAGUACCAAUGGCUGUGUGUCGUAUUUUAUAUCUUACGAUAUAAGUAUACUGUAAUGCUGAAAUAAUAAUGUAUUGUUUUUUUUUAUCUCGUUCUACACGGCCAAUGUUCAGUGUUGCAUAAUUUACAUACUGUACCAGUUAUGAAAUAUUCUGUUUAAAUGAUAUGUUGUUACUCAAUAUACAAGUUCAAUGCUCAAAGGUGUAAGAGACAGUUAUUUUCUAGACUCAAACACGGGUGCAUGGAAACAGUUAUUGGACGGUCCCGUUAAAAUCAAUUUCUGUUGUUUUUAAUUUUAUUGUUUACUUUGACGAUAUAUACGGUCCUGUUGAAAUCAAUUUGUGUUGCUUACUUUGAUUUGAUAUACGGUUCCGUUGAAAUCAACAUCUGUUAUUAAUUUGAUUUGAUAUACGUUUCUGUAGAAAUCAACAUCUGUUAUUAAUUUGAUUUGAUAUACGGUUAUGUUGAAAUCAACAUCUGUUAUUAAUUUGAUUUAAUAUACGGUUCCGUUGAAAUCAACAUCUGUUAUUAAUUUGAUUUGAUAUACGUUUCUGUAGAAAUCAACAUCUGUUAUUAAUUUGAUUUGAUAUACGGUUCCGUU